AAGCUGCUCAAGCUAUGACCCAAUUAGCAGAAGCUAUUGGAAGAGAAGAAGAAGCAAAAAAAUCUCUUAUCAAGAUUAAAUUAUUUAGAAGAGAUAGUACUGAGAACCCUAUCAAUUGGAUUAAUGAAUUUGAACGAGCUGCUACUGCUAAUAACUGA